AUGUAGUUACCUUAUGUUUUUAAUUCAAUAAUCUAUUUUUUGUGCUCUAACCUAUGUUAAAACUUAUUGGUAAAAUUAAAAAUAUUUUACAAUUUGUUUUGCAUAUCCAGGUCUUCGUUCUGCGCUGGCAGAUGGAGAUACAUGGACAGUUAAAAAUGUUAAAGGAGACACGAAUGUAUUCUUUGCGAACUUGAACCUUAAUUUACGAGUUUCAAAUAAAAAUUCUGCAGUUAAGGUUAUACCUAUAAAGAGUUCCGAUACACCUGUAAAUGCCAGUAUCAGUAAUGAAAGUAUGAUCCAGUUUUUCUCAGCUAGUUCACCAAAUGUUCAAUUUACUUUUGAAUCUGUCGAUGGCUCUUUUGCAUUGACCAAGCUGAUGGUAAACCUUACAAUCAAUAAGACUUUGUUUCCAAAAGCAGACAAUGUUGAAGAAAAUAUUAACCUUACAAUGACAAAGGCAACAAAUGUUUUUAAAACUCCAUUAAAGACAUUUUAUAAGUGCAGUCAGGAUACGCAGAUAGAACUGGAGUCUUCUUCCACCAAUGUAACUAGUGCAUCAUUGCAAUUUGUCAAUAUACAGAAGUUGGAAGCUUUUGCAAACAAGCCUUCAGAAAAAAUGACUACAUGUUUCCAUGACAACAUGCAUACUGCACAAAGUACUUCAUGGGAUCUAUCAGAACCAAAUGAUGAUUCUUGCUUUCGAAUGAACACCACUGCUUCUUUCACACUUGUUUAUACAAACAUUAUAGGAAAUAGCAUGACAACCAACAUUCCCCUGCUUUCUGAUGCAAAUGCUACAGCAACUUGUGAUGACACCACCGUCAAUGUUACUUUCGGUUUGGAAAAGGAUCAAUCUGUUGUAGCAAAGCUAUAUUUUGUUUCCAAAAAACAAUCUUCGAACUAUUACCUGGAUGCUGCAACUCUCACAAUGGAUACAACUAGUCGAUACUUGCCAAACCAUCCUAUAAAAAGCACUAAAGUUGUGGAGAAUGGAACAAAACUUGAAGUAUUUAAAACUUCGAUAGAUUCAUCGUUUGAGUGUGAUGCUCCAUUAAACAUCAGCAUCACAUCACAUUUGUCAGCAAUGUUUAAUAUGACAAACCUUCAAGCUUUUCGUUUACCUAACUCUGGCUUUAGCAAAGGCUCUAAAUGUCCGGAAAUGCUGCCCACCCCAAUGCCAGGAACGACCCCCCACCCCGACCCACUCCAACCACCAACAUAUCACUGGGAAGGAUUAGAUUCAAACAACAAAAAAAUGUGUUUUCGUGCGAUUGCAGGAAUUCAACUGCGUGUGUCGUAUGUCAAUACUGCAAAUGUAAACCAAUCUUAUGACACUUGGUUCGACAUGAAUAACAGCAGCAUCACGCAAGCAACUGAUUGCAGCAAAAAUUCUUUCAACUUUUCUAUAAUUGAUGAAAAUCGAAACCAAAAUUUGACGUUAACUUUUAACAAGAAUAACUCCAGUGUUUCUCUUACAUCCGUGCAAUACGACUUUGUUUUUAGCAACGACACUUUUGCCAUGGCACCAAGCAAACCAGUGGUGAUUAACACACGAUCUACAGACCUUAUGAUAAUGCCAACAAAAUUAGGAAAUUCCUACAGUUGCAGCAUCGAAACACAAGUCAGUCUCCUUACCAAUAACACUCAAGUGUCGGACAUAUUCAUGCGUAUCACUGAUGUCACAAUGUUUCAAGCAUAUGUUCCUGCUGACAAUUCAUCGAAAGAUGAAGUAUGUUUCCAUGAUACUAAGAAGUCGCCAGCUUCAUCAGGAGACUGGGCUGUAAAAGAUGUCAAGACCAACAUGACGUGCGCUCGAUUCAAAUCUACACUUCAACUUAAAAUAAUGUAUUUGGAUAUUUCACAAAAGAUGCAAAUUUCCACAAUAAAUGUGAAUGGAAGUGGAGUGACAAUGUUAGCAGGCUCAUGCAGUAGUAAUGUUACAAGCAUAACACUUGAUGUGGAUGGAACAAAAUUGAUGAAUCUGACACUUUCAUUUGUCAAACCUAAACCCGUUGGAAAUACUGAAUCAGAUGUAGUGAAAUACAUGUUGGAUGAAGUGACGUUAUCUUACAAAACCAACCUUUGGUAUCUUCAAAAUCAUCCUGAGUAUGGGAAGACAGUUACAAUAAAGCACGGUGGAUUAAUGUUCGGCGCGACACCAGUGACAAAUUCGUUUCGUUGUGAUUUGCAACAAACUGUUUUUGUCAACUCAAAUACAACUAAAGACAUGUUGCUGGUUAUGAUGAAAGAUACACAAUGGGAAGCAUUUGGAAUGAACAAGUCCGGUGAUUUCAAUGACGCAAAUUUUUGUGAUGCCGAGGUGACGACACCUGCUUCAGUAACUACACCCAUGGUAACAACGAAUGCUCCGUAUCAACCUGUGGAUCCAAGUCUUCACUCCUACAAGGUUGUGGAUUCAAAGAACAAUAAAACUUGUUUUCUUGCAACGAUUGGCGUUCAAAUGCGAACAACAUACAAUACUAUAAACCAAUCAGGGGUUGAGAUCGGGUUCAACUUUAAUUCAAAUAAUUCAGUUGUGAGCGCAACAUGCGAGGGUGAAACAUCUAUUGUGAUGUUUAAUAACAGCAAGAUGCAACAAUUCCUAUCUUUGACGUUCACUCGAAACAUCAAACUCAACCAAACCUACUUAAGUGGGAUUAAUGUUCAAUACAACGUUACAAACAACUUCCCCAACGCUAAUGCAUCAGAAAAAAAUGGAAAUCCCUACAUGUACAGUGUUAAUGACCUCACUGAGAUGAGCACGCCAUUGAAACACUCCUACACAUGCCAAACUGUUGAGAAUGACAUACUUGUGAACGCUACAUCGAAUGUUAUCGUCCGUAUAACUGGUGUUCAGUUGCAAGCAUUUGAUAUUCAGCAAAACAAAUUUUCUACUCCUCAGAAAUGUUUUUCGGAUGAAGUUCUCCCAGAAGCAAAUGUUGGCAACUGGACAGUGAUUGCCAACAAAUCCAUUUGUUCCAUGUAUAUGUUCUCUGCCACUGCUAACAUUACAUAUGUUAAUUUGCUUGGAAAGCGAACAAACACUCGAAUCCCGUUGGAUAAUUCAACAAAAACAGUGGUUGGUGGGGAAUGUGGAAACCAAAUAUCUUAUUUCUGGGUUCAAAUGGAACAAGUUACAUUCAACUUCUUUUUCAAUCGAACCAGCUUGGGGCCCAAGUUCAACUAUUACCUCUUUGAUGUUCACAUUCAAUACAACACCAAUUCAAAAUAUUUUCCAAACCACGCUUAUGACUCUGAUGGAAAGGUAACAGUUGCAAACUCUUCUUUACAUCUCUUCCAAUCGGAUCAAGAUCAUUCGUACAAAUGCACGACCACCACCAAAGUAUUAUUGAACGAAACCCAAUGUUAUGUUUCAUUGGCCAACGUCCAACUACAGCCAUAUGGAGUUGAUAAAAACCAUGGCCUUUUUAGUACAGCUGAUGAUUGCAAGAGCGACCUGAGCCCGAUCAUACCAAUAAUCGUGGGCUCCGUUCUUGCCGGACUUAUAUUGUUGGUGGUUGUUGCUUAUUUUAUUGGGAGAAGUCGAAGCAGAAAACCAGAAUACGAGACGAUUUAAAGUCACCGUGAAUAAAUUACCAUUACUGUAUAAAAUGGUAUUGUAUCAUAGCAUACUGGUCGUAAUUUGUUUAUUUGAUUAUAUGCUUCGUUAUGUAACCGCCAGUUUUGUUUCGUGUUAUGUGCGUAAAUUACAGUUAAUUUGAAUAACA